CGCUCUCCCUCCCCGUCACCCCUCCCUCCCCCAACCCCAUACUCCCUCUUCCCCCUCCUCCUCCCCAUAAGAGCUGCCACACUUCCCGUACUCACGUUGUAUGCCCACGCCUCAGUAACCCUGAUCCAUACGUCUUUGGAAUGCAGCAGGAAACCGGAGCACCCAGAGGAAACCCAUGCAGUCACAGGGAAAACGUACGGUGCAAACCCCUUACAGACGACAGCGGAGACAAACCCCAGAUGCUGGCGCUGCACGUGGCGAUACGCAAGCCUCUGUGCCACUGUGUUAAGGAAGUGGCUGAGGAGGGUUGGACCAAAUAUAUUCCUGUGAAAAUAUAGUCCUCCAGCAAGGCCCUGAUGCCAGGAUGACGAACUUCCAAUAACCAUAACCACAAACUUCGCGCACGGCUUGGCAUCAGCUCCCUUUGAGAGAUUUCCUCUUCAUCGCCAUGUAUUUGUAUUUCACCAGGGCACACUGAAAUGUGACAGAGCACUGAGCUGACCAUUGGCUGUAGGUUUACUUGGCCCUGUCUGUUGCCAUUUUCAGCAGUCAGCGCGUGAUACAGCCUUGUGUUCCACGUGUUUCAGUUUACGCCAGCGUGACUUUUGUGUGUGAAAUUAAUUGAGGUGCUUAUGCAUGCUCCAUCAUCAAGAGCACUCAGUUCCAUCUUCAUGCAAAUGACAAAUAGUUGAGAUCUCUGUGCUGAUGUUUUUCCCGGUUGCACUGAGGCACAACCCAUUCUGACUGCUGACUGUCCAGUUGUAAUGGUGUGAUACUCUUUACCCUGCAGUUAGUUUUAUUUGUUCUGAUUUGAUGCCCUUUUUACAGCGGUGCAUUGCUCUGGCUGCACAAGUGCACCAUUCAGUCAGUAUAAUCAGGAAGUCCAAGCACAGUGUAGGAUGAAGGGGUGGACCCACCAAUCCCUCAGCAGAAGAUCAUACUCAACUUGAAUGAUCAAAGAUACAAAGUACAUUAGUAUGUUUGCAGAAUACAACCCUGAGAUUCUUCUACUACAAGAAUAUGUUGGAUUCCCAGUGUGAUCCUCCAGGAUGAUUCACAGUGACAACUGAAGACCAAAGCACGGACAUUCACCUGACAAAGACAUGGGCAGGAGGUGACAAAUAGAAAUCUGUUUCCAUAAUCGGCUUCCUUUGGGGAAAUGGUCCCUCUGGGCUCUCAUUACUAUAAACCUUUGUGUCCUUCACAGAAUAGUCCAGGAUGGGUACUGGAUAAUAGUAAGCACUGAAAACCCAAUUCAUUCAACCUCAUUGGACCAACAACCCAAAUACAACCGAGGUGCCUCUGAAAUGUGGAUGUAAUAAGCUGUGCUGUUGUACCAGGAAAGUAGACACAGAGGCAGACACUCUUAAUGAUGUCCAUGCUUUGAGACUACUUGGACAAAAGACUCCAGGAGAACUAAUUGUGAGUGAUGUUACAAGUGACUUUGGAACUGCCUCCCACCAGAAACCAAUGCCUUCAGAAGCUGGAAACAGCAAGGAAUCAAGCGGAUCCUAUCUCUUCGCUAUACCCGUCGCUGACUCGAGAUACAGAGCAGCAUCUGCUGAGGAAAACCAGGCUGUAAAUCUGAAUGAAUUGCAAGACUUGGACAACAGCUUCCUUCUAUGGAAAUCUGCUAUGACUGCUAGGGACAACCUGUAUGAUGCCGUCAAAGAUCUAGAGGCUGCCGAGCAAUACAAGAAUGGUCUGAGAGACAUCAGUGACAUCAGCUCCGGAAACCUGAAAGAGGUAAGAGUUCAGAGCAUACACCUUUGUCCGUCUUCCAAGCACUUCAUUGUCAGGCCUGCCAUUGCUCAUCCCUCACAUCCAUUACCAUCCACCUGUUCAUCACUUUCCACCUGUCCUCACCCUCACCUGCUCAAUACUUGUCCUCAUUUUCACCUUUCCAACACCCAUCCUCAUCCUCACCCUUUACCUGUCCAUCACCCCUUACUUGUCUCCAACCUUCUCCCCGAUUUUCAGUCCCACAAUGCAUCUGCUGGACCCCGAUGUUUAGUCAACAGUACUGAUGUUAGUUUCUUACCUGUAUCUGCCCUGGAAAUGUCUUUCUCCAACCUUUGGGGAAUGUGUUCACCAUUAACUAGCCCGCUAACAAUCAAUGUUUCAGUUUAUAAGGAAAACUGGCCACAAGGACCAGAAUUUACUCAGUCAGUUGUCCUUCUUUCAUCUGAAUUUGAAAGGUUUAAUUUCAGGUAGCACUCCAGAAACUUGUGCACAAAGAUCCAGCAUUGUGCUGGAGUGCAGGGGAGACAUUUCACCAAGAGCUUGCCUGUGCUGACAAAUGCAAAAGGUGCCAGGGUGCACACUUGAAUGAGAGCAGUGAUUUAUUCUAACCACCAUUCUUCCUCCAUCAACGCCACACAAACACAGAUCAUCUGGCCGCCAUCACCUGAUAGAUAGUUUGUGGGAGUUGCUCUGUGUAAAGUGAGAGCCACAGUUCCUACAUUGGUGACUAGAAUUCACUGAGUGUCCCGAGGUUAUGAAACGUGAAAAAAAAAUCAAAGUAUGUAUUUCUUUUAAAUCAGGGCACCUGGACGGGGGGGGAUUGGGUUUGGAGCAGGGCUUGAGUCAGAUAAGGUUGGGAUUAGACUAGGGUUUGAGGUGUGAGUAGAUAGAUUCUGAUAAGAGAGUUGAAGCUGAGGUUUGGGUUGGGGAGCAGGUAGGCAGUAAUAAGAUUGGCAGUGCAGAGACUUGAGUAGAAACAGGGUGAAAAGUAAGGAGUUGGGCAGGGGAUUGUGAAUAGGAAUGAUCAAGAGCCAUAGAUAGAUGCAACAUAGAAACAAGCCUCUCGGCCCACUGAGCCCAUGCCGACCAGUGUUUUUGAGAGUAUGUGCCUAAACUGGUAAUAAACUUCUAAAGCACUUUCUCAUCUGCCAUGGUAGUUUUGAGUAGAGAUCAUCAUUGAUUAAUUAAUUAGUAACAAUAAUCAUGGACUUCCCUGUGAAAACAUCUCACUCCUCUUGGAUUGUAUAAAAUCAUUUUGCUGCUUUAUUUGCCAGUUGUGUAUCUUUAUAUUAUGGAUGGGAUUUUUUAAAAACUUUUUUUAUUGAGUUUUCAAAUAAUUACAGAAAGAAAAAAAAUAGAAAAAAAAUAUAGCCUUCCCCCCUCCCCCUAACAUCCCUAUAGAAAGAAAAAGAAAGAAAGAGUGCCUGGAUAUCGGAAGAUCCCCACAUGCUCCAUGGAGUUCGUAAUAACUUUAGUAUAUAUAUUUAUUUAUUUCCCCAACUAACCAAUUAUUUUAUCUUCAGAGCACCUAUAUAUUUAAUCCUGUCUUUUGUAAAUAAGGGCGCCAAAUUUUCAAAAAUGUUUCAUAUUUGUCCCUUAAGUAAUUUUUCAAGCGAAAUACAGCUGGAAAUUUCAUUCUUCCAACGAUCUAUACUUAAGUAUGCAUCCGAUUUCCAAGUAACUGCAAUAACCUUUUUGGCUACUGCCAGUGCAAUUUUUAUAAAUUCUUUCUGAUAUUUAUUCAAUUUGGGUUUCGAUUUUAUCCCUUCAAUAUUACCUAAUAAAAAUAAUAUUGGAUUAUGUGGAAGUUGUGUUCCAAUAAUUUGUUCCAAUAAAACUCUUAAAUUUGUCCAAUAAGGUUGAAUUUUAGAACAAGUCCAAGUAGAAUGUAAAAAAGUACCGAUUUCUUGGUUACAUCAGAAACACUGAUCGGAUAAAUUUGGAUUUAAUUUAUUUAUUUUUUGUGGUGUAAUAUAUAAUUGAUGUAAAAAAUUAUAUUGCACUAAUCUUAACCAGACAUUUAUUGUAUUUGUCAUACUAUCAAGACAUAGUCUUGACCAAUUUAUUUCUUCAAUUUUAAUAUUCAAGUCACUUUCCCAUUUUUGUCUUGACUUAUGGACUCCUUGUUUAAUUGCCUGUUUUUUAAUCAAGCUAUACAUACAAGAAAUAAAUUUCUUAGUUUUUCCUUUUUGAAUUAAAGUUUCUAUUUCAUUAGGUUUCGGCAAUAACAUUGUUUGACCUAAUUUUUCUCUUAAAUAAGCCCUUAAUUGGAAGUAACAAAAAAGAGUGUUGUUUGAUACUUUAUAUUUAUUCUUUAAUUGAUCAAAUGACAUUAAUAUACCUCCUUCAAAACAAUCUCCUAUAUAUCUAAUCCCUUUUUGAAACCAAUUAUAUAAAAGUUGAUUAUCCAUUGUAAAAGGAAUAAGUCUAUUUUGAAUUAAAGAUCUCUUUGCUCAUAAAGAUCUCUUUGUCUCAUCCUCAACAUUUAUCUUAUUCCAUAAGUCAAUCAAAUGUUUUAAUAUAGGAGAUUCUUUCUUUUCCUGUAUCCAUUUAGAUUCCCAUUUAUAUAUAAAAUCUUCUGGUGUAUUUUCUCCUAUUUUAUCUAGUUCUAUUCUAAUCCAUGCCGUUCUAUCUUUCUCAAAAAAAGAUGCAAUAAAUCUAAGUUGAUUUGCUUUAUAAUAAUUCUUAAAAUUUGGAAGUUGUAACCCUCCUAGAUCAAAUUUCCAUGUCAAUUUUUCCAACGAUAUUCUUGACAUCUUACCUUUCCAAAGAAACUUCCUCACAUAUUUAUUUAACUCUUGAAAAAACUUCUGGGGUAUUUGUAUUGGUAUUGAUUGAAAUAAGUAUUGUAGUCUAGGGAAUAUAUUCAUUUUUAUGGUAUUUACUCUACCUACUAAUGUUAUUGGUAAUAUCAUCCAUUUAUCAAGAUCUUCUUGAAUUUUUUUCAAUAAUGGUAAGUAAUUUAAUUUAUAUAAGUUCUUUAUAUCAUUAUCAACUCUUAUACCUAAAUAUUUUAUACCAUUUGCCGGCCAUAUAAAUUGAGUUAUUAAUCAACAUUGACUAUAAUCUCCUUUAGUAUGAGGUAAAAUUUCACUUUUAUCCCAAUUUAUUUUAUAACCUGAUAUUUUCCCAUAUUCUUCUAAUCUAUAGGAUAAUUUACGCAAUGAGUGCAAUGAGUUUGUUAAAUAAAGCAGAACAUCAUCAGCAAAUAAGUUAAUCUUGUAUUCUUCCUGAUUAACUCUGAAACCUUUAAUAUCUGGGUCCAUUCUAAUUAAUUCAGCUAAUGGUUCUAUCGGCAACACAAAUAAAGCAGGUGAUAAUGGACAACCUUGCCUAGUUGACCUUGUUAACUGAAAUAGUGUUGAAAUUUGACCAUUUGUCACUACUUUAGCUUUGGGAUUAGUAUUUAAGUUUUUAAUCCAUUUUAUAAAAGAUACUCCUAAUCCAUAUUUUUCCAGUACCUUAAAUAAAAAAUCCCAUUCCAAUCUAUCAAAUGCUUUUUCUGCAUCUAAAGCAACUGCCACACUCAUUUCCUCCCUCUUUUGCGCCAAAUGAAUUAUUCUAAAUAACCGAGUUACAUUAUCUGCCGAGAGUGGGACUUAAAGAAUUGAGGGGCAGCACCUCAUGCUGUAUGACAACACGUGCCAUCUUGGGAAUGUGUGCCAACAGGUUCGCCAACCAUGAACAACUUUAAUUCUACAUUAAUCCCACUUUAUAUUCUCCCCACAUUCUCUUCACUUCCCCCCCGACUCUCCCACUAGAGGAAAUUUACAUUGACCAAUUGGUCCACCAAUCAGCAUGUCCACAACCAGGUAGAGAGUCCACACAGGCAGCAUCUGAGGCGAGGACUGAACCCAGGCCUCCAGCACUGUGAGACAGUAGCUCAACUAUCUGUACCAUUGCCCGGCAUUAGGAGAUUGAAUGCAUCAGUGUACAAGCUGGGGUUGGGAGCAGGUAGGGUUUGACAUUAUGAAUUGGGGACUGGAAGUAUAUUGUAACAAAGGCUGGAGAAAUUAACAUUUUGAAAGACCAUUUGAAUUAGUUUUGACCUGGCUCUGUUCUUUGCAGAUUCUGUAUGGAAGAUCUGGAGAAGCUGGGACUGACCGACUCCUACCUGGACAGAGCAGAAAGCUAAACAGAAAGAGGAACAACUUCUCAGACUGUUUCUGGAAGUACUGCGUGUGAACGGGCCCGCCCAAACACUCCUUUCUCCUGGUUAUUUUUAAUACAAUUCAAACACAAUUAGGAAGUACUGUAUGUAAAUAUAUUCCAAUGUCUAAUAAACAAAUCAUCACUUAUCAAAGUUGAAUGAGGCAUCUUAGAUUGUUAUAUCUUCCCUUCAAUAAAAGCUGUAUAUUUUACACCUGUG